AUGACCCUGAAAGCUCUCAUCUGUGGAGGAGGUGUCGCAGGUCCGGCCCUAGCCUACUGGCUCGCCAGACUUGGUCAUCAAGUUGUUAUCGUUGAACGCUUUCCAGUGCUGAGAGCUACAGGUGCCCAGAUUGACCUCCGCGGUCAAGGAAUUGAGGCUGUCAAACGCAUGGGUCUUGUCGAUGCCGUUCGCGAGAAGCUCGUUGAUGAAGCAGGCAUCACCAUCGUUGACAGCAAGGGAACUGUGAAGGCGACGAUUCUCGCUAACAAAUCUGGCAAAGGCGCACAGUCUCUGACAUCCGAGUAUGAGAUUAUGCGUGGGGAUCUCGUACGCAUAUUUUAUGAAGCAACAAAAGACAAGGUGGAAUAUAUCUUCGGAAAAACCGUGGACAGCUUCACGGAAAAUGACCAAGGGGUAGUCGCCUACUUUUCCGACGGCUCUUCCGACACAUUUGAUAUACUAGUUGGAGCAGACGGGCAAGGGUCGCAUAUUCGAAAGAACAUACAGCCCUCUGGUGCUCCAGAUGAAUAUCACCAGCUGGGAGUACACAUGGCGUACUGGUUUGUCCCACGGAUCGAAACCGACAGCAACAUGUGCAAGGUAUACUUCAGCCCGGGUGGCCGGAUGAUCAUGUCUAGGAGCCACAAUAAGACGGAAACCCAGGUCUACUUCCUACUUAUGUCUAAUUCCGAGGAACUGCGGAAGAUCCCCAAGGGUUCGGUUGAACAGCAAAAGUAUUUCUGGGCCGAAAGCUUUCGCGAUGCAGGGUGGCAGGCCGGUCGAUUUAUCGAAGGGAUGAACACUACAGAGAACUGGUUUUGUCAGAAUGCAGUCCAAAUCAAGACAAAUACCUGGCACUCUGGCCGAAUCGUCCUCCUCGGUGAUGCAGCACACUGCCCUUCUCCAUUGACUGGUUUGGGGACAACUAGCAGUCUAGUUGGGGCAUAUGUUCUGGCAGGAGAGCUUUCUCGCAAUCAAAACCUGCCCCAAGCGUUCCGGAAUUACUCCAUGAUAAUGCGACCGUUUAUCGAUGAGGUUCAACAGGUCAACAUUGGGUGGAUCCGACGAAUGGUCCCCAAGUCGCCGUGGACAAUUUCUCUCUUUCAAUCCAUUGUAGGUCUGGCUUGUUUUCUUCGCAUACCGCAGGUCAUAUCGCGGUUUUCGGACGAUGGAGGUGGUGACUGGAAACUCCCUGAUUACCCGGAGCUGCAUGUUGAUCGGGAUGAAUAUCCAUGA